AUGACAUCUGUGUUACGCAACAUACCUCAAACAAUAUUCACCCAGGCGAACAUCUUACCAGUCAGUCAAGCAUCGUACAAGUUGCUACAUUUAGCGACGCUGUUGCGUUUCUACGGAUGGAUAGCGCCAAUGACGAUAUUGAAGAUGGUGAUACAGUUUCAAGCGAGGCAGAAGCCAGAACCAGCAGCGAAAUGGGGGGUGAUGAGGGUGAUACGGGUGGCAUUAGCGAGAGCGUACUCGACGACGACGUAUAAGUGGAGUCUGCAGCCGCCCGCGACCAUCUCGCAAAGGCGCUGUGCUCCUGCGACGCACCUAGGUGGUGAUCUCAAAGCACACCACAUCUCCGUCAAAAAGGCUUCGGACGAGUACUACACGGGCGAGUGUGCAAGUGCACGUAGAUACAUUCAUCCCGCAAUGUCGGUGCCCUGUUUCUGGAUCUAUCCUCAACACACGCCGUUUGACUUGAGCAAUAUCCAUGAAGAGAAAGUGAUACUCUUCUUGCAUGGCGGCGGGUACAUUAGUGAACACCCACUUAGCCUACCUGCAGGCGCGUAUGGGGUGCGUGAGACUGGUCACAAAUGCCUGGCCGUCAACUACCGUCUCUCCGACGGAAUAAACGGCCAUCCGGCGCCAUUGCAGGAUUGCGUCACGGCUUAUGUUUAUCUCACACAGACACUCGGUGUGAGGGGAGAGAAUGUGGCAGUCGUCGGUGACAGUGCGGGUGGGAACGCUGCAAAUGCUCUCAUUUUCCAUCUCCUCCAACUCAAGCAGGAAGGGACCGCUAUCACUCUUCCCCGCUUCGUUAGUCUGAUCAGCCCAUGGAGCGAUAUGACAGCGACGUUUCCGAGCAUCGCGGGGAAUAGGGAAUGCGACGUACUUCCCCCCUUCUCUUCCCAGUCUGAACUCGUCCGCUCACAUCUCAAGUGGACACCGGAGAGCAUCGCGAAUAAGUACAACUCACCAGCCUUGCAAGAACAUGUCGCUUUUAGGGGAUGGCAGGAACACACUCUCAAAGUACACAUUCAGGUGGGCCAGGCUGAGAUAUUGCGCGAUGAGGGCGUCGCUCUGGCUCAGCUACUGAGGGAUGCUGGUGUCGGAACGCUGUUUACCAUGAUAGAGGGAGAGGUGCAUGAUGCUGUAAACAUCAAUCCACACGCUGAGUUGGCUAAGAGGGAUUUCCUUAUGGGAUUACAGUGGGGAGGAUUCUAG